CUCGUACAAAAUGGCGUCUAAAGGUAGAGAUUGUCGCCCUAUGUAAUAACCUCAAUACCAGCGUUUCCUUUUCACAAACCCCAAGAACAUGUGCUAUUUGCUCCCUCAAUGCUCUCGUAGGAAAGACGUUUGUGGUGUAAAUGUGAAGUGAACUAACCCCCACGAUGGUAUCUGGGAGUGGGGGUCACAAUGGAGGGGCGGCAGGUGAGGGAGGAGCCGUGUUGGAGGAGGAGGAAGCCAUCAGAAUCUCCCUCACCCCCCACCUCCAUGCCCUCAUGAUGGCCUCACAUCGACGCAACUCCUGCUGUCCUCUGCUGUUUGAGAGGGCGGCCGACACUUGGUGGGAUCCUAGAUUUGAUAGUGAAAUCCUUGAGGGUCAGUACCAGAGAUCUUCUCUACCAACCCUGACAGUACGGUUCCGCUAUGCACUAAUAUAUGUUAUAGUGAGCAGUCUUACCUGGACUUUGUAUUGGGCAAUCUCACGAACUUCACACUGGCCUUCAUGUUUAGCUGUAGCUGUGACGCUAGCCUUCUCCUCAGUUUUUCAACUUAUUUAUACUCGGACUAAAAGUUACCAGAGCCACCAGAGGAUUGUAUCAAUAGUCAUGUCUGUCUCUUUGAUGUUGGUGAGCCUUCUGCCAUACUCCCUACACAGAUCCACUCCAAAUGAUGAUCUCUCGUCUGUGAGCAUGUUUGCCAUAUGUAUUGAAGUUUUGCUCCUGAUCUACACAGUGAUCCCCCUGCCCCUCUACUUAACUGUGAUUAUGUCUUUACUGUACACCGCCACAUUUGAAAUUCUGAAUGGGCUUAUUAUAGAGAGCGAAAUCAAACUGAUUUGUGUUCGACUUGGACUGCACCUCUGCAUUCACCUGAUUGGUGCCCAUAUCAUGAUUAUGACACAAGUACGAAUGCGUGGCACUUUCAUGAGCAUCGGCCAGUCUCUCCUGGUGCGAAGACAGUUAGAAAUUGAGAAGACCCUGAAGGAAAAGAUGAUUCACUCAGUCAUGCCUCCAAAAGUCGCAGACUGGCUCAUGAAGGAAACUGCUGCAGAGGAGAAUGAUGAUGCCACACACUACAGGGAGGAUGGGGCUAUACUUAGACCAGUGUCAUCUCCACGGCCAUCUCACACUAGUGGUUUAGACUCUAUGUUCAGACCUUUCAACAUGCAUGGAAUGGACAACGUCAGCAUUCUCUUUGCUGAUAUCGUUGGUUUCACCAGAAUGAGCUCAAACAAGACUGCUGAACAGCUUGUUGACUUGCUAAACGACCUGUUUGGCCGUUUUGAUGACCUCUGUCAGAAGCAUUGCUGUGAGAAGAUUAGCACACUUGGGGAUUGCUACUACAGUGUGAGUGGAUGCCCUGAACCCAGACCAGAUCAUGCUGAGUGCUGUGUAAAUAUGGGUCUGGCAAUGAUCGAAGCCAUCCGAGAAUUUGAUAUCGAUACCAACGAGGAUGUAAAUAUGCGUGUUGGGGUGCACACUGGGAAGGUAUUGUGCGGCAUUGUGGGUACCAAGAGAUUUAAAUUUGAUGUGUGGUCAAAUGAUGUGACUUUAGCGAACCAGAUGGAAUCGACAGGAAAGCCCGGCCAGGUGCACAUAUCUGAUGCAACUCUGACCUUCUUACCAAAAGAUAUGUACAUAAUUAUAGAGGGGUCAGAUGUGAAAGGUUACAAAACACACUUCAUAACAGGUUACAAAUUGAAGCCCAUGGACAGAAGAGAAAAGUCCAAUGAUCACUACAAUUCUCAUAAGGACAACAAGAAAGCCUCAAGCUUGCCAAACAUCCUGGACUGUGGGAAGGAAGCUGAUGGAAAUGGUAACAUGAAAGCCAAGCCAGACCUCGAGGGAACGAAAAGCAGGCGUUCUCUAGCACCAGCGAUAGACCUCCCUCGGCUCAGAAUACCCAGACUGCCCAGGAGCUCAGAUAAAGCCAAAGUUAAAACUGCAUCUCUACCAAAGAUUGGAAGCAAACAGGAGAAUAACAAGUCUGCGGAGUGGAGUGAGCUGUGGAGUGGAGGAGACCUGGAGGAAGGCCUUGGACCAGGGUAUGGCAACAGCCCUUCCACCCUCACCCCCACCUACACCUCCACCCCCACUACCCUUCCACCAUCACCACAGCCACCUCCUCCCACGCCCCACACCCCCACUGCACCAGAUUUACCCGAGGACACGCUGGCCAUGCCACACCUGCCGCGGGGAGGACUCCAGAACUCUUGGGGCAGCGUCACUGGCAAGGACCCCAGGAAAGACUCCGGCAUCAGAAGUAGACGGUCAAGCAUUCAGGCUCAGAUAUUUGCGAUUAAUGGGAUGAGUCCAGGAGACUUGUUAACACAUCGAGUCAGUGGUUAUUAUACCUCCAGUCAGUCUUCUGUUGCUGAAAAUAAACUGGCUGAAAUGGGGGAAAGCGUGAGUGGGGCCGAGCCAAGCAGCAUCCCCCUCAACGAGAGCCUCACUCGCUUCCACCAGCUUAGAAAACAGUCUGAUCUGGAGCUUAUCAAGUGCGUACAGCGUGACACCAACCACCGGCAGUACAUCCUGGCCCCGCCUCUCUCUCAGCUGACCCUAUUCUUUGUAGACGAAGAGCUUGAAAAACAGUACCGGCAACAGACCCAUCAACCGAGACAUGACUCUCCCCCAACCUUAGCAUCUAGCCACUUCAAUACCUAUUUUGAUAUAUUGGUUAGUGUACUAGUUUAUAUUGUAGUCAGCUUCUCCCUCUUUGUUUUGUUUCCUUAUUCACAAAGCUGGCUUAUCCUGUGUCUGCUGUCCACAUGUUGGCACUUGCUGCUGUUGGUCGUGUGCUCACCACAAGUUGUCCGUGGUGAGAAUUACGUCCCAUCCUCAUCUCGAACCUAUAGCCUGUACAGCAAAUUGACACGGUGGCGCCCAUGGCAUGCAUGUGGGGCGUCCCUUAUCUGUCUCCCUCUUGCGGCUGUCUUCUCAAACUUUUCCUGUUGGUCAAUGUGGGUCAGUGGUGAUAGAUAUUCUUUGAAGUUCUUUUGCUACUUAGCAUUUGUGGCAACAAUACACCUUUGUAACUUCACACAGCUGAAUUGUUGGAUGAAGAAUAUUUUAGCAUCAAUUGGAACAGUAGUUUUGUUGGUUCUGAUAGAGCCUUCCUUUUGUAUCAGAGAACAAAUUAAUGGAAAUUUCACCAAUGAUAAUAAUACAGUAUCAGAACAUGAAGAAUAUGAAAGCAUUGAAUACCGUGAAGAAGUAAUGGCAGCGGUAUUACUCCUUGUGCUAGUUUGGUUCCUCAAUCGGGAAUUUGAGAUAAGCUACAGGUUAAGUUUCCAUGGAUCAGUAAUGGCUAUAAAGGAUAAGGUCAGAGUGCAGACAAUGAAGGACCAGGCAGAGUGGCUGCUGCACAACAUCAUCCCAAGACAUGUGGCUGACUCCAUUAAAAGUACUGCUAAAUACUCUGAAAACCACAAGGAUGUAGCUGUCAUGUUUGCAUCCAUCGUAAACUUCAAUGAGCUUUAUGAUGAGGACUAUCUUGGAGGGAAGGAAUACCUUCGUGUCCUCAAUGAACUAGUCGCUGACAUGGAUGAACUCCUUUCACAAGAUGAAUUCAAGAAUAUUGAGAAGAUCAAGACUAUAGGAAGUACUUACAUGGCAGCAGCAGGGUUAGAUGCCAAAGUCAGAGCUGAGAACACAGAUGCCCAUCAACACAUAUUUGAAUUGGUGGAAUUCGCCCUGGCCAUGCAGAAGGUAAUAGAUGAUUUCAACCAGGAUCUUAUUGAGUUCAACCUAAUCCUGCGCAUUGGCCUAAACUUCGGUGAUGUGACGGCUGGUGUCAUAGGCACCACCAAAUUAUACUACGACAUUUGGGGAGAUGCAGUGAACAUUGCCUCUAGAAUGGACUCGACUGGGGUACCAGGACGCAUACAAGUGAGUGGUGCAUGUGCUGCCAUCCUCAACAGGCGCUAUGAACUGGAGCGCCGUGGACCUGUCUUUGUGAAAGGAAAGGACAACAUGGAUGUUUAUUUGCUCAAAGGGAGGAAGGAUGACACAUGAAGAAACUACAACAAGAAUGAAAGAUUUUGGCUUUGUCAAGACAAGUUAACUGAUUCAGAAUAUCUUACUGAAUGUCUUGCAUUAGGUUAACAUUUCAUGGCCAUAGUUUCUCUGCUGGGAUGAGGAAUGCGAUUCAACCACAUGGUCUGCAAUUGCAGUGUCUUUAUGUAGAGAAACCUUCCCAUGGAAUAUGUUAUCCCACUGGGUUUGAUACUAAUUUUUUCUUUCUUUUUUCUUUCUUUCUUUCUUUCUUUCUUUUGUUUUAUUAGUGAAAAUAUAUGCAAAAGAAGACUGUGCAUGUUCACUUAUGUAGAAGUGAACUCCUAUGCACAGAAAUCGUCAUGUGAUAUGUCACUAGGAUCCAGAAAGUGAAGGCACUGCCUUGGAAGCUGUGCCUAAAAAUUGUUGCACUAAUAAUGAUAAAGUUGAGAUUACAAUGCACAAAUUUGUACGCUCAAAACUAACGGCAUUGACAAACUUACUGUGGCAGGAAUAAAAUGUAAAAAAAAAUCUUUAACAAGCACAAAAUAACUGAAUUUUAGGCUUAAGGUUUUCAUUGGAGGCAGUUCCUGAGGAAAGGUUUGAAUGAUUAAAAAGAAAAUGUAUUUGAAGAAAAAAUCUUCCCUUCAAAUAUGGGUUUGCUUACAUUAUAUUAAUAACUAGUGUUUAUGAGUCAUAAAUUAAUUUUAUUAUCUGUUCCAUUAUUUGUAGAUAUUUACACACAAACACGUGUAUCAUUGUAGUUAUGUAAAUGUGUGAGGAGAUUAUGUGAGGUGUGCAAUUUAUUUGAGAAUUUUUUGCGACACUUAGUUCAGAUGAAAUUUUUUAUCCUUUUAAAAUGCAAUAUAUUUAUUUGUCUUUUUUGACUCUGUCUACAAGACUAAGAAAAAAAUCAUAAUUUGUAGAGGGUAAAUCAACAUUUGCUCUGCCAAUUAGAAAUAUAAUUUUUUUCAUGAGUUAGGAUAAUACGAAA